GGUUGGGGCUGUUGAAGUUGAUAACGCCGCCAUCUUGAAAAGUGAACUCUGAUGGUCUCUCUUUUCGCGCCUGUCACAAUCUGUUAUAAACACCUAAUUUUUCACAGAAACCUCGUACCUUUCACGGUUUUUUCUUUUUCAUUCCGUUAACCGUUUUGGUCAAAGGUUCUCCAGUCUUCAUGCCGGACUUUGGCAAUAUUCCGCUGUCUUAAUCGGUGUGUGUUAAGUGUUUUGCUGUGGCAGAGGACAUUUCUUCUGCAUGUGUUCUGUACUCAAGGGUCUCUCCAGUUUCAACCGCCUGUGGUGCCUGUAAUGGGCCAGAAGUCCCAAAGAGCACAAGCAUUAUUUUAUUUUUAAUCAGAGUUUUUACCCUCUGGUCUCUGCUACUCUCAGCAGCACCAUGUUUUGGAAGUUUGAUCUGCACACGACGUCCCACAUCGACACACUCCUGGAGAAAGAUGACGUGACGUUGACGGAGGUGAUGGAUGAGGAGGACGUCCUGCAGGAGUGCAAGGCUCAGAACCACAAGCUCGUGGACUUCCUGGUAAGACCGCAGUGCAUGGAGGACCUCGUGGUGUACAUCACCCAGGAGCCCAACGAUGAUGUGGAGGAGAAGAUCAAAUACAAGUAUCCCAACAUAUCUUGUGAACUCCUGACCUCAGAUGUUAGCCAGAUCAAUGACAGACUUGGUGAAGAUGAAAGCUUGCUAAUGAAGCUCUACAGCUUCCUACAGAACGAGCCUCCACUCAACCCGCUGCUGGCUAGUUUCUUCAGCAAGGUCCUGAGCAUCCUCAUUGGGAGAAAACCAGAGCAGAUCGUGGAGUUCCUCAGAAAGCGGGAAGACUUUGUGGAUCUGAUGAUCAAACACAUAGGGACCUCAGCCAUUAUGGACCUCCUGCUCAGGAUGCUCACCUGCAUUGAGCCACAGCAGCUUAGACAAGAUGUAUUAAGUUGGCUGAAUGAGGAGAAAGUUAUACAACGGCUAAUGGACAUGGUGCAGCCGUCUCAGGAUGAAGAUAGACACUCAAAUGCGUCCCAGUCGCUCUGUGAGAUCAUUCGACUGAGCAGAGAUCAGAUGUUUCAAGUCCAAGGCUGUUCAGAGCCCGACCCCCUGCUGGCCACACUGGAGAAACAAGAAACAGUAGAACAAUUGCUGUCCAACAUCUUUGACAAAGAGAAGAACGAGUCUGCCAUUGUCAGUGUAAUCCAGAUUCUUCUUACCCUCUUUGAGACACGGAGACCGGCUUUUGAAGGCCAUUUGGAGAUUUGUCCACCUGGUAUGAACCACCCAUCAUUCUGUGUCAAUCAGAGCAUUCUAGAUGCUGUCAGGCCCAGACUCAAAGAUUUUCACCAGCUUUUGCUUGAGCCCCCAAAGAAAACAGUCCUGAACACCACGUGGGGAGUGCUGGAUCCACCCGUGGGAAACACUCGCCUUAACGUGGUGCGACUAGUGACCAGUCUUCUGCAGACCAAUACUCAUAUCAUUAACCAGGAGCUCAUUGCCCUGAACACACUGGGAGUCAUACUAGAUAUGUACUUCAAGUACUUAUGGAAUAACUUCCUACACACACAAGUAGAAAUCUGUACGGCGAUGAUCUUAGCGAUGCCUUCAACCCAAAGUGAAACUCCUGAAAUUAACAGAGAGACCGACCAAGAACCUAUAAGAGAAAACAUUCUUAUCAAACAUCUCUUUCAGAAGUGCCAGUUAAUACAAAGAAUUCUCGAUGCCUGGGGAUCAAAUGAGAAGGAACAGGCCGAGGGCGGGCGACGGAGAGGUUACAUGGGUCAUCUGACAAGAAUAGCAAACUCUGUAGUACACAACAGUGACAAGGGUCCCAACGCAGCACAGAUUCAGCAGCUCAUCUCAGGUUCGUCUCAGUCUGUAUUACUUUAUCAGGUUCUUCUCCAAGCUGUUUUUACUCAUCUCAUUCAUCUUUUUGCAGAACUUCCAGAGGAGGACAGGGAAAGAUGGGAAGCGUUCACUUCAGGACAGCUAGCAGAUACAAACAAGAAAAACACUGUAGACUUAGUUAACACGCAUCACAUACACUCAUCCAGUGAUGAUGAGGUAGAUUUCAAAGACAGCGGUUUUCAUCAGGACUCCUCCCUACAGCAAGCCUUUUCUGAUUAUCAGAUGCAACAAAUGACGUCCAAUUUUAUUGAGCAGUUUGGCUUCAAUGACGAAGAGUUUGCCGAUCAGGAUGAUGUCGGGGAUAUUCCCUUUGAUAGAAUAUCAGACAUCAACUUUUCCUUGAACACAAAUGAAAGUGCAAACAUGGCACUCUUUGAAGCCUGCUGUAAAGAGAAGAUCCAGCAGUUUGAAGAUGCCGGCUCUGACGAGGAGGAUAUUUGGGACGAGAAAGACGUCACGUUCGCACCGGAAGCUCAGAGACGUUCUAGAAGCUCAGGAAGUACAGACAGCGAGGAGAGCACGGAUUCUGAGGAGGAAGAUGGCAAACGAGACCCAUUUGAGUCUGGGAACGCCACAUCAGAUGACAGAAUGGAAGUGGACAAUGGGGAUGGUCAAGUCUGGACGGCAAAUUUUGAUGACAUACCAAUGGACACUGGCAGCUCAGCGACUCCCAACGCACCCACGUCAGCCUCUCGGCCUACUUUGCCUGAACCUUCAGGCUGGAGCUCUCCAAACACUGCUGCUGAUGGUGAGACGGGCUGGGCCGACUUCUCUAGCUUCACACCUGUCAGCCCCAAGGAUCCUUUGAGGAGCAAUUCCCCUGUAGCCAUGGAGACCAGCAUAGAGGCGACGGACCCUCUUGGUGUCAAUGCACCCAUGCAACAAGAAAACACAGAUCAGUGGCUUUCCAACGACAUCACCCCCACAUUCCCCAGUGGAAAGGUAGAGGCCUCAGAACCCGAGGAAGAGCCCGCCAGCGACCGCAUCACCGAAACUGUCACCAACGGCUCCAUGAAGGAGACGGUCAGUCUUACUGUAGACGCCAAAACCGAAACUGCUGUUUUCAAAAGAGUGUUGAAAUCGUAUCGCGAGGAAGAGAAACUAUCUACCUCUGAAGAUGCAUCUGCAAAGCUCCUUGCUGCCGAGACGGGAGAGUCGGAGAAGAAUAAUUGUCCAAGCAACUGUCAGAAACCAGGUUUAAAGCACUUAGAUGAAAAAGCAAACGCCACUUGCGACGCUCUAAAUGGACCUCUAGAGGAUGAGGCCACUAUGGACGAAGCCAAAUCAGAGCAGCGCGCUGCCAACCCCGAGGCAACGGUGAAUGGUCCAGCGUGAUGAGAGAAGCCCCGUCAUCCGGCUCCUGUCACCGGAAGAGGCAGACGCCUCGACCGGAGCCCGAAAAGAACCACCAUCACCUCCUCCUUUGCUGCUGCUGCGGUUUCUUACUCCAGCACUGCACUGACGCCACCAGAUCAGGACCAGCAAUAUUCAUAUUAGACAGUUGUACAGAAAGUUUGAACUGUAUGAAGAGAAACAUACUCUAAUGAUUUUUUGCAUUUGUUUAUAUACUAUUGUUCUUAUGAGGUGAUCUGUGUGACAUCUUGCCACUUAAAGUGAAUAGUAAUGUUGCUAUAGUUAAUAAUGAUUGUAUGAAUAAAAUAUUUUAUAAAAAGACAAAUGUAUACAGAGAAAGAGGAUUGAUAAACUGAAAUAUACCGAUUGGAACAUCAAGGUGUGACCAAAACCUAAGCUUGUCUUUUUGAUAGGAUUUUCCUCUUGCACAAAAUCUGAUAUUUAAUUUUCAAGUAAAAGCAACUGAUACAGCUUAAAUUGGCAACCCACUUCUAUUUGGUCUAUUUUAUUCUUGAGCUUGUUGUUACGGAAACAAAUUUUAAAUAUUCAGAAAUGUAUGGUUUAUUUUGCCACAGGUAUUAUUUGUAAAUGUUUCUUGUAUCCUUUCGACAAAUCGAGCAAGAUUUGGACUUUUUUGCUAUAGUUUUUAACUUAAUUUAUUCUCAGAGAGAUAGUGGUAUGUUACUACGAGCCAUACAUGCCUCUCCCUUGAUGAAUUCAGAUCUGGAGUGGGAAUGAACAGAUGGGUCUCAAUUUUGCAUGUAGAUAUUAGGAGUGAUUCUUACCUGUGGGCCUGCAUUACGAAAAGCCCAACUUUUGUAACUGUUAUCCUCUCCACACACCUCAACCUUUCUACCUGAAAAGUAAUGGGAAUGUAACGUAUUCCUGGUAAUGCUACAAUGAUCAUGCAUCGACCUUUUUCUUUUGUAAUAAAACGCUACCUGUGCCAGCAAUUAAGAAAAGUAACACGUUCUUUUUGUAAGCUGAAACAAUAUAAAUCCAUUUUUUGGGAAUGACUUGUACUAGUUAUGCACAGCCUUAGAAAAGUAAUGUUUUUCCAUUUGUUAGCAUUAGUUAAUUACAACAGUACUUGCUAUAGCAUUUAUUAAUCUUAAUGUUAAAGGUGCAAUUUUAUAGGAUCUCUUGCCAGAAAUGCAAUAUAAUAUACAUAACUAUAUUAUUAUUGCUGUAUAAAGAUUUUACACAUUGAACUGUAUUGUUUUUGGUACCCGGGAGCAGAUUUUUUUCUAGCAAAUACACUGUGGGUCUCCUUAGGCCCUGCCCCAAAU